AUGCUUACCCGAUUUGGCAAGGUGAUUCUACAGAUGUUACACUCUAUAACCCCAGAAGAGAGAAUAGAGAACAUAAAUAUAUGGAGGUAUUCUGCGCCCAAUAGACUGCUUAGCUGGCAGACAUAUGGCGGAACAGGAGUCUUUAAAAUAGGCACAGAUGACAGCGACAAUCCGCUGUGCAGCUUUCAAAUUAGAUAUUUCCCGCAGCCACAGGAGAACCCGGUUAAAAACGCGCUGCCUGUGAAUAUUUGGACGCGCGGGCGGCAGUCACUAGGACUAUGCGGGCUUACUAUUCAAUCUAUUCUGUACAAAAAUACUUCUAACUGUACUGACCAGUGGAUUUUUGCACAGAGGCCUUUAGGUGGCUUUUAUAUUAAGCCAUACAAUGACCAAACACUGUGUAUAAAUAAUUUUGAUGACAGCCAGAUUAGAGUAGAAACAUGUCGGCCCGACUUUCCAACCAUGGCUUUUAUGUAUGGAACACCAUCAAUGCGCACGCGGUUCUUGUUUUUGAAUAAGUUGUUGAAUAUGAAUAUUGAUGACGACUCAAAGCUUAAAGAAGAUAUAAAUCGUAUUAUUUCAACUGGCGCAUAUAUGUAUGAGCCGGAUUCAAUAGAAACUAUAUUUAGCCAUAAAGACUUUCCAAUCCAUGGUAUAAAUGAACAGGCACUGGUCAGUACACUAUCCCCAUUCGCGCGUGCAAUUAAAGAGGAAAACCCAUCAGCAGUACAAAAUACUUCAAUAGAACAAUCAACUAGUCUUGUCUUAAACUCUACCAUCGAUAAAAAAGAAGUGGUACCGCAAGAGCCUGUAAGUAGAAUGGCCCUGCCGCCUCCUGUGACGCCAGUAGCCAUGCAUUCGCCCUAUCCACCAAGGCAUUUAUUAGGACCGCAUGGUGGAAUAAGGCUAUCUAAUGCUUUAUAUGAGGCUCGUGAUCUUCUUAGAGAAAGAAGCCCAUAUUUCUCAUUGAGAAGAACUUUAAAUAAGUUCGAUUAAUGAACAGCACCAGCACCUCUAUUUAAAAACAUAAAAUAACAGAAUGAAAUUAUUUGGAAUCGUCUACUGUAAAUAUAAACUUCACUCUAAAAUAGUAUUUGGCAUGUUUUGCAGCCUUAGCUCUACAUAGUAAAGAAGAUGGGAUGUCUAGGUACAUAUAAGAAUAAAGC